AGAUGUGAUGCCUGGAAGAAGGGAUACAAGGGUGGUCAGCCAGAUAUUAUUAUAGAGAAUCCUAUGGGGAAGUAUAAAGGAUUUGCCAUCGAAUUCAAGUCUCCAAAAGGCACUGGAGGCGCAAGUGAAAAGCAAGUGUUAUGGUUCCACAAACUUAUGAAGAUAGGUUACAUGGUGAUGGUGUCAGAUGACCUUGUAAAAACUUGCAUUAGAAUCAACGAAUACUUUGCACUUAAGAAGGUCGCAAAGAAGGUCACAGUGAACAACACACAGUGCGCUGUAAGGUUGUACAGACCUAGGUUCAGUUCAGGUAAGUACUAGCUGCGCUAGCAGCGACCAGUAACGUAGUUACUGCUAGUCAGGUCAUCUCACCAGUAGAUUUGAGAUACCUCACCAGCAGAUUUAAGUUACCUCACCAGUUAUCUCACCAGUAGAUUUAAGUUAUCUCACCAGUAGAUUUGAGACAUCUUACAAGUAGAUUUAAGUUUUCUCACAAGUAGACUCUAGAUGUCUCACAAGAUAAAACCCAGUUAAACCUAAGGUAUCUUACAAGUAGAAUGGAAGAUAAACCUGAGCAAACUCAAGUAGUAACAAGUGAAAAGAAGAAAGACCCAAAAAGAGUAGCUGCAGGAAAACGAUUAGCCGCAAUCAGUAAAAUAGCAAAGGAGAGGAAAAAGAAACUUGCAGAACCUGAGGAGUCAUCCAGCAAUAACAUAAUCGCAUAUGUAGGAGUGGCCAUCGCAUUGAUAUCUCUUGUCCUAGCAUUUAAUCAGCAUCAGAGGGAAACAAAGAAACCAGAACCUAAGUACAUCCCUGAAACUGUAGAAGUAACCAGGAAAGCUGAUGAGUCCAGGUUAGAUUCACUUGAAUGA